CUUUUCUUCUCACUCUUGAAAAUCCACAAGCCCAGACUGAAAGCGGAAGUUCAUCAAUCACAGGUUGCUAUUAGUAUUAAAUGGCAGAGGUGGGAGCGUCGGUGGCAGCAAAACUUGCUGAAUAUUUGGUGCAACCAACUUUACAGCAGCUAAAAUAUUUGUUCUGUGCCGGCAAAAUCACCAAAAAUGUUGAGAUCAGAAAGGAGGAGAUGAUGCUCAAGCAAGGAAAGGUGCAGGAACAUGUUCAAGAGGCCAUCAACAGGACUGAGAGGAUUGAUGGUGAGGUUGACAAGUGGAAGAAUGACGUGAAGAGCCUCAUAGCAGAGGUGGAGAAAUUGGAGGGAGAACUAAGGGCCAAUAACCAUGGCUGCCUUCGAGGGUGGUGUCCUACUUGGAGCAAAUAUUGUCUUUGCAAAAAGUUGGCUAAGACAAUCCAGAGAAUGAUUGAUCUAAUUACAAAGACUAAUCAUUUCAACCCAUUUUCUCACCCCGUUAUUGUUCCUGAUAUAGUGUAUCACUCUUCUCAAAACUUUAAGCUAUUCAAUUCAACACAAAUGGCUUUUGAUCAGCUGUGGGAGGCUUUGCAAAAUGAUGGUAGCUCCGUAAUUGGCCUUUGGGGCAUGGGAGGGUCAGGGAAAACCACCUUGGUGACAGAAGUGGGAAAGAAAGCCAAAGAGUCACAACUCUUUGAUAGAGUUGUGAUUGCCACAAUUUCUCAAAGUUUAGAUAUCAUGCAGAUUCAAGAUGAAAUUGCUGACUCGUUGGGGCUCAAAUUGGAAGAAAAAUCUAAAACAGGAAGGGCAAAAAGAAUUGCAUUACGAUUAGAAAGUGGAGAACGAAUUUUGAUAAUCCUAGAUGAUGUGUGGGCUAAGCUAAAUCUUGAGGACAUAGGGAUUCCCUUUAUGGGAAAUCAUCCAAGAAGUUGGAAAGUUGUCUUGACCACACGCCGUUUAGAAGUAUGUACCUUGAUGGAAUGUCAAAAGAUGAUCAAACUUGAUUUGUUAAAAGAAGAUGAAGCUUGGAUUUUGUUUCAAAGUCAUGCUAAUGUUAAUGAUGCUUCUAAAGAAGUUAUGGCACGAGCAAUUGCCAUGGAAUGUAGAGGCCUACCCAUUGCACUUGUGGCUAUGGGAACUUGCUUGAAAGGAAAAGGAGUUGAUGAGAUGAAUGUUAUGUUAUAUAGGCUGAGGAAUGCGAAGCCAAACAAUGUGGAUAAAGGUGUGAGGGAUGCUUUUGCUUGUCUUGAAUUAAGCUAUGGUUAUUUGGCGACCCCAGAAGCCAAGUUGUUGUUGUUAAUGUGUGCUAUGUUUCCUGAAGAUCAUAACAUUGUUGUUGAAGAUCUUUUCAGAUAUGGAGUGGGAUUAGGCCUAUGUAGAGAUGUAGACUCUUUUGAAAUAGCAAGGAGCGAAGUUACAACAAUUAUAAAUUAUCUCAUUGACUCCUCAUUGUUGAUGCACUAUUCACCAAAGUUCAACACAUAUGCAGAAAAAUAUGUGAAAUUGCAUGAUACGGUUCGUGAUUUUGCUUUGUGGAAAGCAUCUAAAGAGAAUCGUACCAUUACGGUAAGUUGUACAAAAGAAAUGAAUGAAUUGAUUGCUGAUGAAGCGGUAAAAAAUAGCUAUGCCAUAUCUUCUUGGCAUGACACCAACAAAUUACUUGAAUUUUCUUCUCAAUUAGAUACCCCAAGACUUGAGUUUCUAUUGUUAUGUUCAAGAGAGCCCUUGGAUAUAUCACAUGUGUCAUUUGAAGGCACUAAGGGACUCAAGACAUUGAUUAUUAUGUGCAUGGCUUAUUGGAGUGGGAUUGAACUGCAACCUCAAUCAAUCCAACACUUGUUUAAUCUACGAACUUUGCGAUUACAAGGUUGGGAUUUACAUGACAUCUCUUUUGUGGUAAGCCUUAAAAGACUUGAAAUUCUUGACUUGAGAGGUAGUAAAUUCAAAAGAAUGCCAAAUGGAAUUGAAAAAUUAAACAAGUUGAAGUUGUUAGAUUUGUCAAAUUGUAAAACAGAUGAAUGUUGUUAUAAAGUAAUAGGAAGGUGUUCACAAUUAGAAGAGUUGUAUGUUUCCACACAUUCUCCACAUUCAGAAAACGAAAAUUGCUAUGAGUACCUUAUGGCCCCCCCUGGUUUGAUGAAAUUGACAAGGUAUAAGUUAGCAAUUGGGGAGCAUAGCUUAGGCUUGGUAUUUCAGAAUGAAGACACGAGAUCAUUAUGGUUGGGUCAGUUAAAUAUGUCUAUAUUAGGUGCAACAAUCAAGGAUCUUGCACAAAGAGCAUCUUCAAUAAAAUUUUAUGAGCUUGAGGGAGGCAGCAAAACUCUCAUGCCUAAUAUUGUCCAAGCUGUAGGAGGCAUGUAUGGGUUAACUAAACUCAGUCUUGAGAGGUGUUCAGAGAUCGAAUGUAUUACCAGCGAAACUACUUUUCAUGAAGAUGUGGUUGUCCCCAAAUUGGAUGAGUUAGUGCUAACACUCAUGGAUAAUCUUAAAGAACUAUAUCAUGGUCCUUCUCCUUGUAGCUUUUUCCAAAAGCUGGAAAGACUUACUCUAUCCAAUUGCCCUCAAUUGCUCCACAUAUUCCCUGCUAAGUGCAACUUAUGCAACCUUAAGUUUCUCAAAAUUCUCAAUUGUCCGAUGUUGACAUAUCUCUUCCCUAUCUCUGCUGCUUGCACUUUGUCAUCCUUAGAAGAGCUCCAAAUAGAAGGCUGUAGUGAAUUGAAGCAUGUAAUAAAGGGAGAGGGUGAUGGUGAUGUAUGGAAGAGUUCAAGAUUCCCAAAAUUAAAAAUAAUGUCUAUUGAUGAUUGUUGCAAAUUAGAAUAUGUAUGCCCUGUCUUUUUAGCUCAAAGAUUUGUACAAUUGCAGCAUCUAUCCAUAGCAAAUGCUCCCCAGAUGAAAUUUGUGUUUGGAGAAAACGGUGGUGAAGAACAACCAAUGCAUCAUCAAUAUGAAACCCAGAUAGUGCUUCCUCUCUUGGAACAUCUCAAGCUUGAAAGUCUUUCAAAUCUUGCUAGAAUUUGCUUAGGGAGCUGUCAUCCAAGAUGGACAUCUAUAAAGACAAUAGAAUGGAGGGAUUGUCCAAAUAUGGAUUUUCAGGAACUUGAGGGCCAUCAACUGAGGAAUGAAGAAUACAUGUUAUUGCCAACUAUAGAAAUUCCAACAUUUCAAUACCUCAAAGAAUUAACUUUGGGAGAAUGUGCAAGACUGAAAUUUGUCUUUUCUACUCAUAUCUAUCAAAGUCUUCCAGAGUUAACCUCAGUGACCAUAUCUUGUUGUGAGGAGUUGGAGGCAAUUUUUUCAGGGAAUGGAGAGACUCAAAAGAAUCUAUCCAUCACUGAAUCUUGUCUGCUGAAAUUGAACAAAUUGAAAAUCUUUGUGCUUCUGGUACCUUAA